AUUCCGUCCGAUGAGGGAGCUUAUCGUUGGUGGUGCCCACUGUGUGUUGUUUUGCCGUCAUUCGUUACCCUGCAUACUAGUCAAGACAGUUUCAGACGAAGAAGAACGUAAACCUAUUUUGGCUAUCCCCGUAUAGUCCAGUUGGUUGGUCCGAGAUUUCGCGUUCUAGCUCGUCUUUGGAUCGUAGGUGCAUAAGUGAAUCACAAAAGAGUACUGUAGUGAUUGAUUGAAUUAGGUACGUGCACCACUGCGUUAUUGCCUGAAUACCUACGCAACGCUCUGUUUGCGUUCUGAGUUGCUAAUAGGACGCAAUCAGUGAAGUACUAGAUUGAAAGUAGUGAGCUGGAUUUUUGUAUGUACUUCACUGAUUGCUUCCUAUUGUGGAACGGAGUCUGUUUGAUCAGGCUUUGUUGUUUGUGGAUCUCUCGAUAAGUAGACGUAUACGCAGGCACAACCAUGCAGAACGUGAUCAACUCGGUUAAGGGAACAGCCCUGGGUGUGGCCGAAUAUUUGACACCGGUUCUAAAGGAAUCCAAAUUCCGGGAGACCGGAGUGUUGACACCGGAAGAAUUCGUAGCUGCAGGAGAUCACUUGACCCAUCACUGCCCAACCUGGUCGUGGGCAGUUGGAGACGAAACCAGAAUAAAGCCCUAUCUGCCCAAAGACAAACAAUUUCUUAUAACUCGUAAUGUGCCAUGCUACCGACGUUGCAAGCAGAUGGAAUACGUCGGGGAGGAAACUCUGGUGGAGGAGAGUGACCAGGACGGCGGAUGGGUGGAAACACAUCACUUCAAUCCGGACGGAGCCGGUGGAUCCGGUCUGGAGGAUAAGGUUUGCGAGAUGACGCUGGAGGGAGCCAAAGUGGACGAUGAUGUGGCCGCCGAUAUGGAUGAUCCCAGGAAUCUGGAAGACGGGGACGGGAAUGGAGGCGAUGAUGAUGACGACGAGGGGGCAGCUAUCGAUAUGGACGAGUUCGAGGAGAGCGGUAUGCUGGAUCAGGUGGAUCCGUCGCUAGCCACGGUGGCGCCGGUAGAGCCCGCCCCCAAAAAGCCAUCGGAAACGGACGGGGACUCGGUGGUCCAUACGCGGACCUACGAUCUGCACAUCACGUACGACAAGUACUACCAGACGCCGCGGCUGUGGGUGGUCGGAUACGACGAAAAUCGCAAACCGCUGACGGUGGAGCAGAUGUACGAGGACGUCAGCCAGGACCAUGCCAAAAAGACCGUCACGAUGGAGACUCAUCCGCAUUUGCCCGGGCCGAAUAUGGCGUCGGUUCACCCCUGCAAGCACGCCGACAUCAUGAAGAAGAUCAUCCAAACCGUGGAGGAAGGUGGCGGCGAACUGGGCGUACACAUGUAUCUGAUCAUCUUCCUGAAGUUCGUCCAAACGGUGAUACCGACGAUCGAAUACGAUUUCACGCAAAAUUUCAACAUAACCAAUAAGUAAAAUGUCACUCCCCGUCACCAUCAGCGAUGCAUCCACCACACGAGAGAGUCACACACAAGAUGAUAUUAUAUUAGUAAAAGACAGAAAGGAAUGAUAAAAACAAUAUAAACUACUGCGCUUUAUGUGAUUGUCGUCCACUCGAACACAUUCACCCACGCCACUACCCGCACAUCGCUGUACUAGAUGAAACGACGUUUUCGGCUUUGGCUCAUACAUAGCAAUAUUAUGGACAAAACAGCAGCCGUAUCGCGCGCUCGCAUUUGCUUCCAGUAGACGACAAGCUUGAAAUUGUUAAACCAAUUACACACGAUACUUAAACACCACAAAAUGGAUCGAUCUGAAUAUACCCACCAACUGGAGAACUACGAAUGACCACGAAUUGAAUGGGAAGCAGACGUUGACGACGAAGAAACGAAACGGAAGCGGAAACGGAACAAUGAACAGCUGCGAGAGUUGGUUCCACCAACACCACAAUAGGGACGAAUGCGGUGAAAAUUUAAGAAAACAAAUUGUUGGUGUAUAAAAAAUCUUUCUGAGCAGAAUAAAAUUGUAUUUUAAUAUUGCAGCUUUAGAGUUGUUUAACUCAA